CCAUUACCCCCCCAGUUCCGCACCUUCACUUCAAAAAACAGGGUCAACAGUUUCUCUCUCAAUAGGACUGCUCAGACUUGAGGGUCCUCCGUUUUCUCUUUCUACAGUCAUAUAUAUAUAUAUAUGUUCUGCGUAUGAGAAUUUAUCUUUUUGUAUAAAUAACCGGAGUAGCAGUUGAAGUAAGAACGAGAGAUGGCGGCGGAGAGUUCAAUGGCGGCAUCGAGUAGUAGAUCUGGCGGCGGUGGAGCAUCGGCUGAUUCGUACAUCGGCAGCUUGAUUAGCUUGACUUCCAAGAGUGAGAUCAGGUAUGAAGGCAUACUCUACAACAUCAACACUGAAGAGUCCAGCAUCGGCCUACGUAACGUGAGAUCAUUUGGAACAGAAGGACGAAAAAAGGAUGGUCCACAAGUCCCUCCUAGCGACAAAAUAUACGAGUACAUACUGUUUAGAGGAAGUGAUAUCAAGGAUUUACAGGUGAAAGCUUCUCCGCCAGUUCAAACUACACCACCCAUAAACAGUGAUCCUGCAAUUAUUCAGUCUCACUAUCCUCGUCCAACAACCCCACCCACAAGCUUGCCUACAGCUCCUACUGGUUCUUUGGGGGAGCUUGGUGCCCAUUCUACUCAAAUGGGGCUGCCUGGGUCAGCGUUCCAAAAUGGUCUGCCUUUAUAUCAACCUGGAGGAAACUUGAGUUCUUGGGGCCCUUCUCCACCAAAUGCAAAUGGUAGCGGGUUAGCCAUGCCAAUGUAUUGGCAAGGUUUCUAUGGCACACCUAAUGGGCUUCCGCAACUGCCUCAACAAUCCUUGCUGCGACCACCUCCUGGCUUGUCGAUUCCUCCUUCCAUGCCACAGAUGCAAUUUUCUGGUUUCAAUUCAUCUUUACCAAUGGGAGCACCAAGCCUUCCCAGUUCUAAUUUGCCGGAUUAUAAUUCUUCCUUGGUUCCCAGCAGCACAAGUUCUUCUAGUUUAACCUCUACUUCUUUACCUACUUCAACUUUGUCUUUGAGUCUCCCCCCUCUGCAGCCUGCGUCACUGGUAUCUGAAGCGAUGAUGAAUCUGCUGCCAAACAAAGCUCCCAUAUCUGCAAUCCCUACAUCUACACCCAGCUCUAACUUGCCAUCAUUGGCUCCACUUUCUGCUUCAGUUCCUGAUACUGUAGGAGUUCCUUUAGUUGCUACCAAACCCAGUGCAGCGCCUAGUCCAGCAGCAUUGGUGCAGCAGAAUAUAACUCAACCAGUAACAUCUGUCGCGGGGACAUCUGGUUCUAUUCUUACAGAAACACCAACACCUUCACUCAUAACCCCAGGGCAGCUGCUGCAGUCAGGACCAUCUGCUGCUUCUGCACCUCAACUUUUACAAACAACACAGAAGGACGUGGAAGUAGUUCAAGUGUCACCAAAGCCAUCAUCAGAGCCAUCAGUUCUAGUAACAGAAGCUCAGCCACCAAUAUUACCAUUACCUCCAAAUGCUCGAGUUCAUAAGCCAAAUGGAAGUGCUUAUCACCUGCGUAACAAUUACAGAGGGCGUGGUGGAAGAGGAUCUGCGAUUUCGCGCCCUGUGACAAAAUUCACUGAAGAUUUUGAUUUUACAGCAAUGAAUGAGAAAUUUAAAAAGGAUGAAGUUUGGGGUCAUCUUGGUAAAAGUAAUAGAUCCCAGUCUAAUGAUAAAGAAGGAAAUGGAGACGGCAGUGAUGAAGAAGAUCCACAGGGUGAGGAUGAAGCUGAAUUGCCUAGGAUUGAAAUCAAGCCUGUUUAUAAAAAGGAUGAGUUCUUCGACUCCCUUUCUUGCAAUGCCCUGGACAACAAUCCUAAUCAUGGAAGGACUAGGUACUCUGAGCAAAUGAAGCUCGAUACAGAGACUUUUGGAGAAUUUUCAAGGUAUCGAGGUGGUCGUGGAGGUCGUGGACCGGGUCGAGGUGGUGGUCGCUUUCGUGGCUCUUACCAUGGAAGAGGUUAUGGUGGGUAUGGCUAUGUGGGCAGGGGCCGUGGCCGAGGCAUGCAUAACCAUGCUUCAUAGUAAAACAGCGAUGUCUUUCUGAUAAGAAGAGAGUAGAAACUAAGGCUGAUCUGGUACGGUGGGACAGAGAUCAAUUUAGGAAUUUGAUGUAAUGUUUGUGCAUUUUAUGUUGGUUGUCUGAGUAAUAAAACUAGGAUCUGGGUCAGGAAUCUUUGAUCUCGUCCCUGGUUUGAUAUCAUUUUCCCAUCCAUUUGAGUUUGAAGCAAAAGUUUCCAAUAGAGUCUUGCGAAGGGGAUAUCAGAUGUUGGCUAAGGUAUUAUUUUCUCAUACUUUUCUACAAAGGUGUCUUUGAAUCCAAAGAAAAUGGAUGGAUUAGUAAUAUAAUUAAUUGGUAGUGCCAACUUUCUCGUCUGCGGGCUCCAUGAAAUGUCAUGGCGGCCCUAUUAUUUUCAUGAUUUGCUUAA